CACCAGUUUCGUCGUCGAUCUUACGACGCGGACAUUUCCCCUCUCACUACUGACUCCAAAACUCAACGUGCCGUUCGUUAUCGUUGACCAGCUCGAGUCUUCACGCUCUCACUGCGCCUGUCGCGCACCGUCUUGCGCCACCCGACACUCUUUUCCAACCGUCGCGCCAAGCCGACUUGAGCUACGUCUAAUUUCCCGAGCUACCACGACGUUCCCUUUCGAUUGGGCAACCUUCACCUCUCAUCGAAUCUCCCACCACUUCUUGCGCCGGUUUUUCGCAAUCCACUCGCUCACAAACCUUCAAUUCACCUUCCAACGGUCCUCCCGACACCUUUCGCCUCUGUCUCCGACGCGGGAGAAGGGGCGCGAUACAACCUCGUCGCGCAUCAAACCGGGCUCCAUCGGACCAUCACCAUAGCAUACUUGGGCCUCAUCAACACCCAGUCCGACCUACACACAUUCACUCAAAUCCUACUGAAACCAUGGCGGAAUCACCGCUUCCUCUCGAGCUGCAGCAUCGUAACCGAUUUCCAACGUUGUUCGAGGUGCUAAGCCGCAAGACGGUGGCCCCACUCGACUUGUUCUCCUUCUACAUAUACAUGCGCGACCAGCAACGUUCGGUAGACUACCUAGACUUUUGGCUUGAUGUUUCCCAACAUCUCCAGUUAUGUCGUCUAUACGUUCGCCGUCUGCACCGAUCGGUGAUUGGAGAUACUCCAGAUAUGGAAAAGAACAGCAAGAGAUCUUCGUACAUCUUGGAUAAUGCAGGAGAAGGACCAUCCGAUGAAAAGGGAAACACCUCCGACCAACGAUUAUCUGCAUUCCUUCGAUCAGAUCACGGUAGUCGACAGCAUUCACCACAAAACAGCCAAGGAAGCAAUCAGUCACAUCCUUCGGUGCGUGAGCGCCCACCACGACCAAGCUUCAUGACACUGGACACCAACUCACCUGGCGACUCGAGCUCCCCAGGUCAAGACUCCUCGGUCGACAAUGUCCCAAGACGAGAGGAUCUCCGUGCAUCAGCAGAAAAGAUACUCUACACCUAUCUCCUCCCUGGCUCGGAGCGAGAGAUCAUUAUCCCACAGAGUAUCCUGAACGAGGUCCAAGAAGCAAUUGAGGGUCAGGAUCAGCGUAGUGAUCCGGAGCUCUUCGACGCAGCGAAGGACUACGUUUUCCAGGCCAUGGAGCGAGACGCCUUCCCUGGCUUCCUCCAAAGCAAAGGACUCGGCAACCUUGUUCCUCAGAGCAUGAUGAUUCGUCUCAUCAUUGGAUUGAUCAGCUUUUUCGGAGCUGUCUGGACUUCCUUCAUACUCAUUUUCCUGGACAAGUCAAGAGCAACACGAUGCUGGAUAAUCCUCCCAUUCACGUUUGCCAUCUACUUCAUCUUUACUCACCAGUAUAUGCUGGAUCCCAUCCUUGCCCUCGUGGGUUUCAGCGAGUAUACUCUAAUGGACUUCAACCGUAUGCGUGAGCCAUUCGUCAAGAGGACUUUGAACAAGCGCUCGUUCACAAUGCUCCUCAUGGCUCUUCUCUUAGACGCAGCAGUCUGCUGUCUAUUCAUCUUCGUCCCGGGCAAGCGCCUAUGAUUUCUUUUGUCCCCAUUCUAAUACCCUUAGCUUUUUUUAAUGUUUGGAGUCUUUUCCGGAUCAUGGGGUGAGAGGCAGUGAUGCCUAGGCAAUCAACUGGGAAGCAAUAUGGUGAUCCAGCUUAUACGUUAGCUACAUAGUCGAUAUGUUUGGCUACAGGACACUACGGCAUCAACUACAUCUGCCACCGGUCUUGAGGUAUUGGCGUAUAUUGAUUUCACUUACCAACAACCUUCUUCCUUUUCUUUUAGCAGGGUGUUUGGGUAUCCUAUGAAUUCUUGCCAUUAGGUAGUCGCUUCAAAGCAUUCUAAUGCUUAAAGAUUCAAAGUGCUUC